GAUCCUACCCGGGUGGUGAGCCCCGUUAUUGACAUCAUCAACUUGGACACUUUUGCCUACGUGGCGGCUUCCUCAGACCUCAGAGGAGGUUUUGACUGGAGUCUGCAUUUCAAAUGGGAGCAGCUUUCCCCAGAGCAGAAAGCCAAACGACUUGAUCCCACCGAACCCAUUAAGACUCCCAUCAUUGCCGGGGGGCUGUUCGUGAUCGACAAAGCUUGGUUCAACCACCUGGGGAAGUAUGACAGUGCCAUGGACAUCUGGGGUGGGGAGAACUUCGAAAUCUCUUUCCGUGUGUGGAUGUGUGGAGGGAGCCUGGAAAUCAUCCCCUGCAGCCGCGUUGGACACGUCUUCCGGAAGAAACAUCCCUAUGUCUUUCCAGAGGGAAAUGCCAAUACAUACAUUAAAAACACCAAGCGCACCGCGGAGGUGUGGAUGGAUGAAUUCAAGCAGUACUACUACGCGGCUCGUCCCGCAGCCCAAGGGAGGCCUUAUGGAAACAUCCAGAGCAGAGUGGAGCUGCGGAAGAGGUUGAAAUGCCACAGCUUCAAGUGGUAUCUGGAAAACGUUUAUCCCGAACUUCGGAUUCCUGAGGAAUCGCUCUAUCAAACUGGGAUGAUCAGGCAAAGGCAGAGCUGCCUGGAGUCGCAGAAGUCUGAAGCCCAAGAGUUCCCUGUCCUGAGCUUAAAUCCUUGUAUCAGCAGCAAAGGCACAGCAGCGACGGCACAGGAAUGGACAUACACAUACAACCACCAAGUCCGCCAGCAGCAGCUGUGCUUGUCCGUGUACACCCUCUUCCCCGGUUCCCAGGUGCUGCUGUCACCUUGCAAAGAAGGUGACAACAAGCAGCGAUGGGGUAAAGUUGGGUCACACAUUGAACACAUAGCUUCACGCUUCUGUUUGGAUACUGAGACCAUUGGGGACACGAGUGAGAGUACCAAAGAGCUUGUCAUCAACCCUUGUGAGAGCACAGCCAUGAGCCAGCGUUGGGACAUGGUGAUGUCUUGA